CAUACCUACUCCCUCUAUAACGUACUACAAUAAGUGCAAGAGAGACGGACAACGCCUCGCGAAAGUAGACAUCAGACGAGCCCGAUACCUCUAUACACACGCAGCACACGCAGAAGAGGCAAGGCAGUGUUCGUGCGGUGGUUCGUCGUCGUCGCGACAACUACGACGGUGUCUCUCUCUCUCUCUCUCUCUCACUCUCUCUCUCACUCUCUCUCUCACUCACUCCUCUCGUAGAGACCACCACUAUAGUUUUACCUCACUCUUAUUUCUCUCCUCUCUCUACUACUCCAUCACACACAUAAUAGUGCUCGGCGCGCGCGCUGCCAAAAAGGGCAGAUAAGUGAUGCGAAAAUUGUCAAGUUGCGCCAACCGCGAGCUGCUGCUGCUGUCGUCGUCGUUUCGUGAUAGUGUUGAUCAGUGGUGCGUCGUCGUCGUGGUCAAUAAGACAACAUCAGCGCGAUGUCGAGCACGCUGGAGAACCAGAUUCUGAAUCUGCAGGAGAGACUCAGGGCGGAGAAUCAGCUGAGGGACAAAGACAAACAACAACAGCAGCAGAGCAGCGAGAUGCAGCAGCAGCAGCCUCCCAACAUGCCCAGCCCCUGCCUGAGUCCUGCACCUGCCAGACCCAGACAACUUGGUGACAUGGGAACUCCAACGAGACCAAGAAGGCAACUUGAUCUGCCUGUGUCACACAUGAUGCCAUUCAAGAGACACGAUGGGGAAGUUGAAUCCAAAAUGCAAGAGAUCAUGAAGAUGAAUGGUAUUCUAAACAUCAAUGGACAAAAGUAUCAUACAGAGAUGAAGGAUUUGGAGCAUUUAGGAGAGCUUGGAAAUGGGACUUGCGGGCAUGUAGUCAAGAUGAGGCAUAAGCCCAGCGGUGUUGUCAUAGCUGUUAAACAGAUGCGUAGAUCAGGGAACACUGAUGAAAAUAAGAGGAUAAUCAUGGAUUUGGAUGUAGUUCUAAAGUCUCACGACUGUCCAUACAUUGUGCAAUGCCUUGGCUGUUUUAUCACGGAAUCCGACGUUUGGAUUUGUAUGGAGUUGAUGGUCACAUGCUUAGACAAGCUUCUGAAGAGAAGCAGACAAGCAAUACCAGAAGAUUUUUUAGGAAAAGUUACAGUAGCAACCGUAAAAGCUUUGUCGUACCUGAAAGAAAAGCAUGGAGUAAUUCACAGAGAUGUCAAACCUAGCAAUAUUCUCUUGGAUGAAACAGGUGGGGUAAAGCUAUGUGAUUUUGGAAUAUCUGGUCGUUUGGUGGACAGCAAAGCCAAGACAAGGAGUGCUGGAUGUGCCGCAUACAUGGCUCCUGAAAGGAUAGAUCCACCAGAUCCUACAAAGCCUGAUUAUGAUAUUAGAGCAGAUGUUUGGAGUCUAGGUAUUACAUUAGUAGAAUUAGCCACUGGAGUAUUUCCCUACCGAGACUGCAAGACUGAUUUUGAGGUACUGAGUAGGGUGGUACAAGACGAUCCUCCUUCUCUGCCUUCCGAUGCGCUAUUCUCGAAAGAAUUUCAAAACUUCGUCAGUUGUUGCCUUACAAAAAAUUAUAAACAACGGCCAAAGUAUAACAAAUUGAUGGAGCAUCCUUUCAUCCGAAAGUACGAGUUACAACAAGAAACGUACUCUUCAACACCGUCGUCUGGCUGUCAGUGGUUCUAUAGAAUCAUGAGACAGCUCGAGCCAAGUUUCAGGGUCCCGACGUCAUCGAUUACAUCAUCCACCAUCAGCACAUCGACAUCUCAGCGGCCUUCUGGCCACGUCUCCCUCAAGCAAACCGCUCACCUGCGCAGUCAGAGCAGCGUCAACAGUCACGACGUGGCUGCAUACCUGCGCAACAACACCAGCAGCACCAAAGAACCGACAUCCCUCAACUCGUCCACCUCCUCGCGCAGCAACCUCGAGAACGGUGGUGGUUACAUACCCUACAGCCCCUACGGUUUCCGUCGGAGGGACCUGAUCUCGAGGCCGACUGGCUGCAAUAGUCUACAGCGCUCGUACUCGCCCGGAUACCGGCAGGACAACGGCUACAAGCCCGACGAAAGAUCUUACUCGCCUUACAGAACCGGUGGCGGCGAGGCCGAAGCGACGAGGCCCUACUCGCCCUACAGAGAACGGUGGCAGAGUUCGACGGGCCCCAGGUCUCUCAGCCCCUUCGCCAGGGACUACUCUCCAUGGAGAAGAGAGAACGUCGACCCACCGGUGAUACAGCUACCCACGACGGCUACGACAACGACGACAUCGAGCGGCAACUCCACCGACAGGUACUCGUCGGUCGUGAAUCAACGACUGGAAAAGAUCGUUACAGUGCCUCAGACUCACGUGCAAGUGCAGAAUAUUUAUGCCAGUCCUAUGCUUAGUCGCAAAAGGUUUCCAUCCGAGCCUCCGCCACAGGGAUCGCACAGUUCGACCAGUCCACAGCUGCUCAUAUCGCGGUUCGCACACCAGCUGAAGCAGGAACCUCCUUCCACCGUUCCUCAGGUACAGCUGAACAGCAAAGAGUCGGCGAAAAAGCGAUUUGCCUCGUACGUGAGACUCAGGCUGGGCAGCGAUCGUGAACCGUCGCCCGAACCACCGCCGAGAUUCAACAGGGGAGAGUCACCGCUUUUGCUGAGAAGGAACGUUGGAGAUCAAGCCUCUCCUUUCUUUCCAAGAAGGUAUGUCUCACCAUCGCCUCCAGUACCGCCACCGAGACGAUUGUCGGAAAGUAGCUCGGUUCCGGGCAGUCCGCAGCACCUGUACUCCCGGCUAAACCACUACACGCCCGAACCCCAGAGGCGAGCGCCGCCUCCAUAACACAGCGAUGCGGGCGGGCCGAUCCAGUCGUUCUUCUCACCCGUGCCAUACCUCAGCAAGACCUUUCGUUCGCGAUUCCUCAGGAAAACAAACGGCCAGACUCUCUGCCCGCGCGGCUAAGUGCGUUUCCUGUAGCCUGUGUAAAGGAUCGCAGUCGGAUGAUGGAGGGCCCGUACGAUUCACGAAAUACUCUAGCGAGGAUAAGGGAGGACUACUCGCCUACAUCGCAGUGGAGGAAGAGGAGACAACCUUUUUUAAGCGCCUAAAAAUUAUUAUAGCGAUUUUUAUAUAUACACACACGUAAACCUGAGAGGAUAGUUGUUUAUUUGAAUCAUUUUUUGCACAAGACUUUGCUGUCAAGCGCGCGCGCGCGCGCGGACAGGAUGAUUUAAUAUAUUAGGAGACGGUAAGUGCGGAGUCAUAACUCGCGCUGCAGCCGCCUUACGCGCGAACUCUCUUUUAUCGAUGUGUAUUUAUGAUAGUAGAAAUGCAAUUUGAUGCUCAACUUUUAUACUGUGCUUGUUACGCGGAUAACAAAAAAAUCGAAUAACGAUCAAUGAAUCUAUACUAGUAGCGUGAGUUGAAAGAAAAUUUUUCUUAUGCAACGAUAGGCAGAUUUAUUAUUAUUCUACAUCGUGGAAAAAUUUACAUUACCAAGCGCGUGAACUGUUCCUACUUUAUUGUUUGCGCGUUUCUCUGUUUUUCUUUUUUGUUCACAUAGUGUUCUAAACGAGAACUUGCCGAGCCGAGGACAUUCGGGAGACCCCCUUGGAUUGCAAUUUUGAGAGUAAAAAUCAAUUUGUAUUGUUGAAAUUUACUGGUUACAAAGUAUUGUGAUUGCUAUAGUGACUUUUUAUCCUUUAUUUGUAAAUAUCAACGUUUAUACAAAAAUAUUAUUUAUCAUUGUUAACACUUUGAUCGCAUUAGUCAGGUUUGAAAUGAAAUUUCAAUUUUGUUUUGCAUAAUGAAAUCGCUAUACCUGCUUCAAAGCAUGAUUAUAUAAACUUCAUAAUGUGUAGUCAAAUUAUAUUAUAAUUAUAUCUAUUAUUAAAUAUAAAGAAAUUUUUCAAUAUUAAAUUUGUGUAUGAAUAUCGAUUGCGAUGUAUUAACGUGUUUUUAUGUGCAAGCAUUUUUUAUUUAUAACGUGAAGUAAAGCUUUUUAAAACAAUCGUAAAUAUUUUAUCGAGAAACAAGUAUGCGUACAUGUGUAUAUAUCUACAUGGAAGACAAAGAUUUUUACAACACUAUGAUGUUUGGAGAACGUUCAGCUAACGGAUCCUCUGUAAUCUGAUUACAGGAAAGAUUACUCUAACGAGUGAUCCACUUGACUCGCUUGUAGCUUCUCCACGUCUAUUAUUGUUUUCACUUCAACAAUAAAAUAUUGUCGGAGGUAAGCUCGAACCCUCAAACUUGAAAGCGCCAUUUGUGCUUUUGAUAUUUCGCUCAGUAAUCAGCGGCGACUAUCUAUUUCGCACAAGAUGCGGCUCGUACUAGCAUGUAAGUUUUUAUUGUGCAAUGAUGGAAUAAAAUGAAGAAAUCGAAUGUAAAUCAUUAUUAAAGGACGGUGGACUGUUAAUAUUAUAAUUAAUGAGAAAAAAAAGGAAACAAAGAGUGACUGGCGUCUUUGAGGGAGGCAUAAGCCUAAAUAAGUUCGGACUCUGAUGAAAAAAACGUUGUCAAUGUUGUACUAUAUAUCUUUAAAUCAAUAUAUCAAGAGGCGUACUCAGGGCUAGAAUGUUGUAAUUAUUAUUUUUAAUUAUGUAAUAUUCAUACAUUAACUAUAAUCAGUCUACACUUAUAACUCUCCCUUGCUGUUUCAGCAAGGGUAUCUGUUGCAAUGUAAAUAAACUUAUAUUUAUACAAAUCUAAA